ACGACAACAAGAUAUUAUCGACACCUCAAGGGUGGCGGUUUGGUGAGCUUGUCGCUCAUGAAGCCGAGGAGGGAAACCAUAUUCGUUCUUUCUUUCCAGUUAGCCAUUGCGGUUGUGUGAUCUGGAUCUAUAAGAGAAAGCCGUUUACUCCGGAUUUCUGGGUUGGUUUGCUCGACCAACCUGUUUCAAUACUCAACCACAUUCACCAUACGAAACACACCUUAUCAACUUACUUUUUGUUGCUCAGCAUUGAUCGACGCUUGUAAGGUCGUAUUAUUAUCUAGAAUUCAGUUUUGCUAUUGCCCAUCCGUCUCAAUUACCUUUCAUCAACAAGCAUCCAUACACACAUCAGCCACUCUUGCUACUCCUCGUCAUCAGUCACACAGACAAGACGAGAAAGGAAAAAGACAAACCAGAACAGAGCAAGGACAGGGACAUUUACCAGGAUCAAAGUGACAAGGGCCUCAGCAACCCAAAGACCAAGACUAGGACCAGGACCGACCCUUUCCCUUCCCACGGCCGACAUUACUCGGUCUCUGUUUGGAUAGAGUGAAAGCAACUAUCUGUGCCGGUGUAAGACAUUCGCCAACUCAAAAUCCCCGAGACGGACGGAUCGAACCCGUGUCACGCCUACCACCUACAGGCGACAGCACCACUACCAUCCGAGAAGAGGACAUCCCGCGCAUUACAGUUCUUUGGAGCAAACCUUCAGGACGACGUUGACCCCUGUCAUAAUUCGAUCCACUUGAGACGUUGUUCCAGAUCUGGGACAGGCAUUAAUCUCAUCACCUUCAGCCUGUCAACCCACACGAGCCACUCGCCCCCCCUCCCUCCCCCAUCACACUUCUCCACUUGUCUAAGUAACCUACUUUCCACAAGGGCAGCUCUAUUUCCAGCUCCCUAGCCUGGAAGUCUCUCUUUGAUACAUGCACGACUCGCCUGCAUCAACCCCAUCCACUUCGCCUGCUUAUAUUAGACGUACAAGUACUACCAUGAUGUCCGUCGCUUCCCAUGAUUCUCAGUUCCCGCCUUAUUACUAUAUCCCCAUCCGUCCUGUCUCUUCCCAAAGGCCACAGUCUCAGCAAGAAGUCCCAUACUUGCAUUACCCCAAUAUCAAUAACACAUACGCCCUUGACUCUUUCAACGCCAACGACAUGGCCGCCGCAGCUGCUAGUCACAGACGCUCCCAACAAGAAGAUGCCAGUGUCGCACAGGCUCUUGAGAUUGCUAGGGAGAGCCCUGAUGGCUCAUCAGACCCUACUAUUAGCAAGAUACUCGAGGCUGCUCUAGACCGAAUCUGGGGGAAGGUGAAAAUGCAUCCCGACUCAUAUAUCAUGACUCGAGAUGAGUUCGCUGUCUUCAACUUCUUUCAGUACCGCUUCCUCGGCAACAAGAUGGCAGUGAGCGCUCGAAAGCGAUACUGGGACAACACCCAUGCCUGAUUGCCCACCGGGUCUCAUUACAUAAGGCGGCUUUGUCUUCCGCACCCUUUGUUCUGCUCUUCUACAUAUGGAGGGUUUCUCUUGCGCAUUGAGCGGCCUACUACAGCAACACGGCUAAACGAUGACAAGAGACGAUUUUUCUUUUCCCUUUCUUACCCAACGAAGCACGACACCGAACAGCCAGGGUUACGCCGAUACCCUUGCCCAUCGAAAUAUCCACAGAGACAACCAGGGUUGGCCCAAACCUGAUUUACACAUCCGAAUUUCCGACUCACUGCCUGUUAAUACCUACUGCUCAGCAAAGUCGGCAUAUUGACAAGAAGCGAGAGCUGAAACUUUGGGGCCCGUACCAAGGAUACAAGUACACUGCAGAAGAGUGAGGCGCAUGAGCUAUGAGGGUAACGAGCAAGUAGCCUGUCCCUUCUUGGCCUGGAACAGGGUUUCCCACGGUGUCUUUCAGCAUGACUUGUUAAUGCAUUCAAACUCUGCAAGCCAUGGACGCCAUCAGCAAUGUCAAGUCAUGCCAACUUGAACGGAGAAAGAUAAUGGAAGGAUAAAGCGAAGACCAGGCAAAGAGUCACGUAAAGAAAUUCGACUCCACUUACUGGCAGCCCUGGAUGAUCCGCCACAACCCUCCAAAACCCGGUUCCUGAGCCCGUUAACUGAGUGGGUCUUGACCAGCAUUGGAACCAUUUCCCAUCAUUCGCAUGGUGCCCCGCUAUUCUGUUCCUUGUGGCUCCAAUCUCCGACAACAUUUCCAGUUUCUCUCUGUGAUGAGCCAGGACUGGGCCGCGACAUAGCUUCGAUGGCUGGUGUUGUAUUCUAUGCAACCUAGUCAUCCUGACAUUUCUCGCAGGGCUGUAGAACCUCGUCGUGCAGUGGCGAGGAGUGGCGCGGCUUUCAACCUCGGGCUUGUAUUUGUUUCAAGCUUCUUUCAGCCAACUUGACUCGUGAAGGUCAAGCCCGCGUCGCAUCGUCUCAAACCAUGAAGGAUACUGCGGACCUUUGGACCGCCAAGCAGUUUCUAGCAUCCAAACUUUCGUCAUUGCGAACUCUGUUCCUGACUCGCUGGCACUUCACAUCCUUCACAACCGACACUUGUUCAAUUCUUGAUGUUUUGUUGUAUAUCUUGUUCGGCAUCGCCCCUAGGUUCUCUAGCUUUGCCGAACCCUUUCUUCUCUGGCUGCUGGCAGUCUCCCGUGCGUUCGAAGUCGCUGCACAUACUUUUUCCCAUACUUUUUUUUUGUCGUGCCGUAUGGAUUACCUUUUGGGUUAGCUCACCGCGGGUGGUGGUCAUUUUUUAUCUACUUGUAUUUUUUUAUUUUAUUUUUUUGGCUGCCAUUUGUUACCUCGCAAAAUUCUUUGUACUAUAGAUAUACCACUAAGCGCAUCUUAGCUAUUCGUGUUUGGAUUUAGUGCAUAUAGAUCAAUUCAGGAGAUCGUGCUCUCUUCAAGGAGACCAUGUCGUUAACUUUAAUUUACCCAAGUUGAACUCGGACUAUCAUGUUUGUGCAUCUUAUUCAGUAUGACGAAUAGUCAAAUCCCUUUAAGUUUGGUUAUCAUGGUUGGAGGAAUAUGGAGGGUGUAAUUUCAAUAACAGCAAACUGACUCGGACAGGGAUAUGAUUGAUAAGAGGGAAGAACAUUACGCAGCAUCAAACUCAAACAAAGGACCUUAUGACAGCAUAAACGUUAAGAAAUAAUCGUGUUGGGUGUGGUGUCUUUGAGUUUGCCCUUCCAUCACUAA